AUGUCCCGCCCCGACCACACGCGCGCCACCUCCUUCACGAACCUCCCCCCAUCCAACCAACCCCGCCUCCUACAAGGCAAACUCGCCAUCGUAACAGGCGCCUCCCGCGGCAUCGGCGCCGCCAUCUGCCACAACCUCGCCAGCAAAGGCUGCAACCUCAUCCUGAACUACACCUCGGACGGCUCCCUCACCAAAACCACUGACCUCGCCACGCACCUCCAAACCACCCACUCCAUCCAAUGCCUCCCCGUGCAAGCCGACAUGGGCAGCGAGAACGGCCCCGCGUAUAUCGUCGAUGUGGCGAGGAAUCACUUCACGCACCCGAAGACGAAACACUUCCAACUGGACAUCCUGAUCCAAAACGCCGGCGUCGCCUCCAAAUCCCCCCUCCAGGACUGCACGAUCGACGAAUUCGCCCGGCUGUACAACGUCAACGUCCGCGGACCGCUCCUCCUCAUGAAAGCCGCAUUACCCUACCUCCCCCACGACCGCAGUGGACGGAUCGUGAAUCUUAGUUCUGUGAGUUCGAGUCUGGGGUUCGAGGGCGAUGGGAUCUAUGGGGGCACGAAGGCGGCGUUGGAGGCGAUGACGAGGACGUGGGCGAGGGAGCUGAGUGAGCGCGCGACGGUGAAUUGUGUGAAUCCGGGGCCGGUGGCGACGGAUAUGUAUGGGAGUACGACUACGGAAUUCCAGCAGGCGAUGAGCCACUGGACGAGGAAUACGCCUUUGGCGGCGAUAAGGCCGGAGGUGGAUAGGCAGGAUUUGGUGGAGAAUGCGGAGGUGGCGGGUGGGAGGCCGGCGUACGACCACGAGGUUGCGGGAGUGGUUGCGAUGCUGUGCACGCCGGAUAGUGCUUGGUGUACGGGAAGUGUCAUCUGUGCGAAUGGCGGGUUCAAGUUCAGCUACUAG